AUGUCUUUCUCUAGCCUCGUACAGGAUCUUUCGAUCCGUGACGGCCAGAAUGCCGCCCGACGUCCCCGAGUCCCUCCCUCUGUCUCGACUCUCGACGACCGUGCCUCGCACAUUUCGCGAAACAUGUCCUAUGCCAGCACCACUGCGACCAGCGUCAGCAUUUCCGGAGACAUUUCCAGCCAGCUUCACGGUGGUUACCACCACCCGUUGGCUCGCUCAUGGCAAGCUGAGCGCCAGCUGACCAAGUCCAUGCUCAUCUUCCCUCUUUUCAUCUCCGACGACGAAAACGACGAGACCCUCAUUCCCUCUCUGCCCGGCCAGAAGCGAUGGGGUCUGAACAAGCUUAUCCCUUUCCUCGAGCCAUUGGUUCGCAAGGGCCUCAAGUCCGUAAUCCUCUUUGGCGUGCCUCUGAAGCCAGGCACCAAGGACGCCCUCGGUACCGCCGCCGAUGAUCCCAAGGGCCCCGUCAUCCAGAGCAUCCGACUGCUCAAGCAAAGAUUCCCUCAAUUGUUCAUUGUCGUGGACGUGUGCCUGUGCGAGUACACUUCCCACGGUCACUGCGGCAUUCUCCGGGACGACGGAACCCUGAACAACCAGCUUUCCGUGGACCGUAUUUCCGAUGUUGCCUUGGCAUACGCCCAGGCCGGAGCGCACUGCGUUGCCCCCUCCGAUAUGAAUGACGGCCGCAUCCGAGCCAUCAAGCUCAAGCUCAUCGAGGAGGGCAUUGCCCACAAGACUUUGCUCAUGUCCUACGCCGCCAAGUUCUCUGGCUGCCUAUACGGACCUUUCCGCGAUGCUGCGGGAUCGGCACCAUCUUUCGGUGACCGGAAAUGCUACCAGCUGCCUCCCGGAGGCCGCGGUCUUGCCAGGAGAGCUAUUGUCCGAGAUAUCGGCGAGGGUGCAGACAUUAUCAUGGUAAAGCCGGCCAGUCAGUACUUGGACAUUAUCAGUGAUGCCAAGGAGCUUGGAAAGGAUCUGCCAGUAGCAGCCUACCACGUCAGUGGCGAGUAUGCCAUGGUACAUGCUGCCGCAAAGGCGGGUGUCUUUGAUUUGAAGACAAUGGCCUUUGAGGUUACCGAGGGCAUUCUGAGAGCCGGUGCCACCAUUGUCAUCAGCUACUUUACACCAGAGUUCCUGGACUGGUUGGACAACUAA